CUUUUGGGGGGUUGAGAAUAGGUGGAUUAGGUCUGAUUUGAAGGUUUUUAGGUGGAAUUCAGUUUAGGCUUUAUGAAGGAAAAUUUUUUCUUUUUGGAAGUGUAGUUAUAAGGCCAGAUUGUGACAGUGGGACAGGAGGUAUAGUAAAUAGAUUUACUAAAUCUGAAGAUAUCAAUUCUUCCAAGGUUCCCUCAGGCUUUACUCAUGCUUUUAACUAAAUCUGAACAUAUAUAUUCAUCUUGGGCAAUAUCCGAUCCCUAACGAUCAUGGCAUUCUCUUAAAGAAAUCAAAUAGAUGCUAAAGUUGACAUCAGAGAAGGUGAUCUUCUCUUUACUAAACAUGCACUGAUGCAGUCUCAGGGUCUUAGUGCCCUGACAGACCUUUAGUAGUUUGAACAUCGUCUUAGGACUGAUCCAUAGAUUGUGUAUCUUCACAUUUCCGAUAGACCUCGACAGUAAGUUGAACAGUAACCUUUUGUUUGGAAGCUUAAAGUUAUUUCUCGUAACUUCUGAUACAGAGUAA